UUUUGCACAAUCGCGCAACAACGUGGCGGCGGCGGCGAUACAAAUGGCGACGACAGCAAAGAAAGCUCGCCGUGAAGGGGAGAAAGUGUGGUGUCCAGACCCGCGGAAUGUGUGGCAAUUGGGGUCCAUCGUUGAAGACGACGGGGAUUCGCUCUUUGUCCUGACCCCCGACGACAAUGAAGAGCACAAAUUCAAUGUGUCCCAAACACAUCCAUUUGAUCCGUCCCAUUCGCUUCUCUUGCCGAACGUGUCGGACAUGGACAACUUGCACGAAGCGCCUCUUUUGGACCUCCUUCGUAGACGGUACAUGGAGGACCUCAUUUACACGUUCACAGGGGACAUCUUGAUCUCGAUCAACCCGUACAAGAACAUCCCACUGCUCUACAACUUUCCUGACAUUGGAUCGCUGAGCAAACAAGAAAACCCGACCCCCCAUGUCUACGUGACAGCGGACGGCGCGUAUCGCGCGCUACAAAAUACGGGAAAGUGCCAGUCGAUUUUAGUGUCGGGCGAAUCGGGUGCAGGCAAGACUGAAGCUGCCAAGUACAUCAUGCGGUACUUGGCAAACAUCAGUCAGUCGUCCAAGUCACCGAACGCCACCGGAGGCGGCGGAUCCGUCGAGCAAUGCGUGCUUCAGAGUAAUCCGUUGCUUGAAGCGUUCGGAAACGCCAAGACCAUCCGCAACGACAACUCCAGUCGUUUCGGCAAGUUUAUCAAGAUCAACUACGAUCGGGAUGGCAAGAUUUGCGGCGCCAGCACGAGUCACUUUUUGCUGGAAAAGUCGCGCAUCGUCGGGUGCUCGGAGAACGAGCGCAACUACCACAUCUUUUACCAGAUUUGUUCUGGGUUAAAUGACGCGGAGCGAGCGGCACUGCAUCUCGAGCGCGCGGACGACUACGUGUAUUUGAAUCAAGGCAAUUGCAUCCAAUGCCCCGAAGUAAACGACAAGAAGAGCUUUAAGGAACUCGUGGACGCCAUGGACGUGAUGGGAAUCACACCAGAAGUCAAGCACAACAUCUUCACCCUCGUCGCGUCCGUCCUGCACCUGGGCAACUUGCAGUUUGUUGAAAAUGCCAAGAACGAAGCGACUUGUCCCGACAAGAAACAAGUCCAAGUUCUGGCGUCGCUUCUUCAAGUCACGCCGAAGGAACUCGAGUUUGCUCUGUGCAUGCGCACCGUGAGUGCCGGUGCCCGCGGAAGUGUAGCGGAGAUCUGUUUAUCGGGGGUUGACGCCGGGAAAUCUCGAAACGGGCUCGCGAAAGCCAUCUACUCUGCCAUGUUUGACUGGCUCGUCGACCGCAUCAACGUCGCGACAGCGCAAAUGACGGGCGCGACCACAUCGACGACGAUGGGGGACACUGGUCCUCGGUUUAUUGGGAUUCUCGAUAUUUUUGGGUUCGAAAUCCUCGCCGUCAACUCGUUCGAGCAGCUCUGCAUCAACUACACAAACGAAAUGCUCCAACAGCAAUUCAACCAGCACGUGUUUGUGUACGAGCAAGACGUGUAUGUGGAGGAAGGGAUCGACUGGUCCAAGCUGUCGUUCCAAGACAACAUCCCGUGCUUGGAAUUGAUUGAGAAGAAGCCGCUGGGCAUUUUGAUCUUGCUCGAUGAACAAGCGCUCAUGGGCCGUCGCGCUUCCGACGACAACUUUAUCCAAAAGCUACAUCAAACACACGAAAAACAUCCCAACUACAUCAAACCUCGCUUUGGCAAGGAAGACUUUAUCAUUAAGCACUAUGCUGGCCAGGUCACGUACAAGGUGGCAGGGUUCCUCGACAAGAACAACGAUUCGCUCCACAACGACCUCUUGGACUUGACUAACAGCAGUCGCAUGGCGUUUCUCCAUGGGUUGUUCUCUCCCGCGGGGCAAUCGCCCAGUGAACAGAAACUGAAACGCGCGUCCAUGACCAAGAUGACGGGCACGAUGACCGUGGGCCGCAAGUUCCGAGAGCAGAUGACUGAAUUGAUGCAGCAACUCAACACAACCACGCCUGCAUUUGUCCGAUGCGUCAAGCCCAACAACUUGCGGUUCCCUCAAGGCUGGAAUGCCGAACUCAUCUUGAACCAGUUGAUUUACUUGGGCGUGAUGGAAACCGUGCGCAUUCGCCGGUCCGGGUUUCCCGUCCGCCGCACGUUUGCCGAGUUUUUUGAAAAGUACAAGCUCCUCCACAAAGUGUACGCUGCCAAGACGAAGUCCAACCCGAAGACGGACAAGGAAAAAUGCGAGCUCAUAUUAACGCAUGCUGUCGAACGAGACAACUGGCAACUCGGCCACAAGAAAGUCUUCAUGCGCGAUUCCCAGCUCCGACUGCUCGAUGCUGUCGUUCGAAAAGUCCGCGUCGAGGCCGCUGUAGUCGUUCAGAAAUACGUUCGCCGAUUCCUCCAGCGAAAACUGUUUCUCCACAUUCGCGCUGCCAUCGUCAAGGUCCAAUCCAAGGUUCGCAUGUUUGUGGCACGAAAGAAAUUUCGACGCAUGCGGCACCGAAUCACAUUGCUCAACGCUUGUGUUCGUCGAUAUUUGGCGCGCCGUCGGUUCUUGCGCAUGAAGCGAGCCGCCAUUUCGAUCCAAGCUGGCGAACGCGGUCGGAAAGCCCGAGCGCUGGCUCGGUACUUACGUGCUGCACCCAAGGCCCAGACCGCCAUUGCCAGACGUGUUCGUGGGUUCUUGGCUCGCAAGCGCUUUGUCACACUCAAGCAAAGCGGUUUCGUCGUCAAGGCGUCCAUCCAAGCGUUCUUUCAUCGCCAGCGAUAUCUUCGUCUACGCAAGGCUGCCAUUGCAAUCUCCAAGUCGGUCAAACGAUUCGUCGCUUGUAAACGGUAUGCCCGUCAGCGCAAGGCGGCUAUUCGCAUCCAUGCCGUGGGUCGGGGAUUCCUUGCGCGCUUGAAGUACGGCAAGAAGGCGCGGAUUCGGGCUCAAGUGCGAGCCAAAGCUCAAACCGCCAUCUCGAGGUACCAUCCCUUGUGUGUUUUAUAUUGGCGCCUUGACGUGGACACCGAUUUCCUCGGUCGAUGGCCAUUGCUUUUCGCAGCAUCUUUUCACCCCUGGAGUCGUAGAAUGGUUCGGGGGUACUUGGGUCGUCUGCACUACCGCGUCGCCAAGCGCUGCAUUGUCAUGGUCCAAGCUCGUUGGCGGGCAAACCGAGUCCGAACGCUGUACAUUCAAGGUCGUCAAGCGACCAUUGCGUCCCAGGCUAUGAUCCGUCGAUCCCUCGCACGACGCAAAUUUCUUCGUGAAAAGAAGAUGGCGACGCGGCUGUGCGCCUUUGGGCGCAUGAUCAUUGCCCGGCGCGCGUACUUGACGGCGAAGCGCCAGAUCGUGCUCGUGCAGUCGUUAGUGCGGCGCUACUUGCAAGGCAAACAUUAUCGCCACCUCAAACGGCAAUUUGUCCUCGUGCAGGCCAUGUGGCGCCGCAAACAAUGUGUCAAGACGUACCAGCGCCAGCGGUGGGCCAUCAUCAAGAUCCAGUCGUUGGGAAAGAUGAUUCCGUGUCGUCGGCGCUUGCACAACGCGCGCAAGGCGGCAACAACAAUCGCGUCCGGCAUUCGAAUGUUCUUGGCGCGUCGGCGGUAUCGCAAGUCACGAGCGGCAUUUGUCAAGCUGCAGGCGCGAUGGCGCAGUUUUGUCGCGAAACGCCACUACCUCGCUCAAGUGGACUGCAUCAUCAAAGUUCAGUCCGUGGUGCGGUCCAAAUUGGCUCGCAAGCACAUGCAAACGCAGCGCCGCGGCUUGCUUCGAGUUUUGUCGUUGAUGCGCAAGUACCUGGCGCGCAUUCGUCUGCACAAAAAGAUCGACCAAAUGUUUGCCGCCGCCCACGCGUUUGACUUGUCGACGAUUUUGGCCAUGGCCCAGGACAAGGAGUUCCCAAACGCGACCAUGGUUCGAGUUCGAGAUAAGCACAACCACAUGCGGUCGUUAGUGCACAUUGCUGCGAUCAACGGCGACUUGAACUUGGCGCGGUUUGUCUUGUCCGAGAUCCCGAAUAUGGAAGACCAAGUGAUCGGGCGAGACAACCUUGGCAACACGCCGCUGCAUUACGCGUCGCGCCUCGUCCAUCUUGACAUGGUCAAGUACCUCGCCAAGAUCGUGAACCGCAUCAACCCGAUGCAAGACAACGCCAAGCAAAUGCCCCUCGGACGAAAGUAUUCGUCUCCCGUCAACGUCAGUAGCUCGCCCGUCCAUGGAAGCUCGAGCACGCUUCGCAAGGAUUCAAGCUUUAGCCAGACGCCGCGAUCACCCGUCGGCUCCACGGCCCUUCGAUCGCCGUCGAAUGCGAAUGUCGGGCCUGGCGGAAAGCCCAAACGCCGCGCGCUGGUGUCGAGUGCGUCGGUCAUGCCGCCAAACCCGACCGCACAAGCCGCCGUGGAAUUGCCGCCAGAUACGACCAAAGUGCUGAAAGAAGGCCCCCUUCGCACAGCCAGCGGGGCCAAAAUGGCGUCCAAGCGCCACGUCGUGCUCGACGAAAACGUGUUGGCGCUGUACAAGUCGGCCAACGACCGGAUUCCUGUGAAAAUGAUCGAGCUGCGCGAUGUGACGUUGCGUCGUGCGACCGCGAUUGAAAACUGCUUUGACAUUUUGUCGCCGCGGUUGAAAUGCGCCAAGGACCCGUACGGCAUCGUGUCGUUUGUGGCAGACACAGAAGCCGACGUGCACGAGUGGAUGAAAGCCAUUCGCGAGGUGCCGAUGGUGCGCAUCGGCACACUUGUGCCGCCCAACCCGUCCAUGAUUUGCAUCGACUGGUCCAACCGGAAGGAAUGGAUCAACGCAAAAAACAACCAGCACGAGUCGGCGCUGCAUUUGGCUGUCCAAAAUCAGGAAGACGAAGGCUUCGAAGCAGUCAAGACCGCGGUCUGGCUCAUCGAAAACGACGCCGAUAUCAAUGCAAAAGACCGCGCUGGCAAUACCCCCCUCCACUACGCAGUACAAGAAGAACGCGAUGAUUUGGUGGAAUCGUUGCUCAAGAAGGGCGCGCUGACAACCAUUGCCAACAACGCGGGACUCACGCCGCUGGAUUGCGCGACGGAGCAGUCGACCAAGGACCUCUUGGCGCCCGGGGCGAUCGUUUCGGUGCCACAAGAUCGAUUCAACCUGUUGCCGCGGCCGACGGGACCGAACAAAGUGAACAAUGCCACGUACGUGUCGGUGUUGCUGUCGGCCGUCGCCAUUGCCGGGGCGGUCAUGCUCACGCCGCACUUUCGCAUUUACGUGAUGGACGUGCGCGGAAACAUCGUCGACACGCCGCAGUACACGCCAGACGCGUUGAUCCAAGACGGCCCGUCGCUCUGGUUUGGCAAUACGUGGCAUUUGCAAGUGCCACUCGAGCACAUGACGGAAGGGUGCGUCGCCGUGUUUGAGUUGCUCAGGUACGCAUGCACGCCGUCUGCUGGGUCGCAACACGUUUGCUUGGCCUAGAUACGACUACCACACGGAGAAGCCGGACGUAUUUUGCUGGACAUUUUUCCGCCUCGACUUGAGCAAGAUCUCGAGUGCGCCGCUGACGUUCGAAAUGUACUCGCCGCCCGUGAAUCCGUCGAGCCAAAUUCUCGCCAAGAUGCUCGGGGACUCGUUCUUCCAAGCCGAGUUGAGCAUCUCGCUGUAGGAGCGCGUCCAAAUCCCUAAUAGAGACUCUUCCGUUCGCACUCGACGACGGACGAUGAAGGUGGAUCCUGUCGUCACCACCAGCUGCUGCUCCGCACACAAUCUUCAUGAUGGCAAAUCU